AUGGUUCCCAAGGUCACCGAAUCCAGGCGAAACUCCUCAGCACGAGAUCUUCGUACACAAAGCAGAGAUGUUGUGCCACCAAGGACUCCCGAAAUCAUACAAAUACCUGGCCGGUUCAGCGCGCUUGGAACUGAUAGCACGAUAGCAGUAGUGGGAAGGAAGCAGGAGACUCGCGCACGAGUAAAGGUUGAGCCCGAGAGUCCCGAUAACACGGCAUACCCAUCCUCGCCAGCAUCUCGACGUCGAGACUACAGGGAAGAAGCGAAAGUAGUCAAGCCCGGAGGGCCUUCCUCUCGUCAUCACACAGUUCACAUCAAGGUCGAAGAUAAAGCCGAUCUCGAAACACCACCACAUUACCCAUCCUUCACAACAGCAUGGUCUAAAUCUCCGCUCCGCGUACCAACCCCCCUCGCUGAACAGUUCUACCGAUCUACGGUAGUCAAGAAGGAGAGCGAUGUUUCUCUAGUACAUAGGGAUGUACUGUCACUUCGCAGCCAGACUUCAGGUCCGUCGGUUAGCUCGAGCUACAAGAGGUUCGCUGUCGAGACUUUCCGUGACUUCGAUGCGUCACACCCAGCCUCCAAAGUCAAGAUAGAAGAGGAACCAGAAAGGGGAUACUAUGUCCCGACGGGAGCGAGCAAAGUCAAACAUGAAGCAGCAUCCUCCUCCUCGGACGUCCACCACCGCCGUCAUACACCAACGAAUUAUGCCGGCUCAUACUAUAAAGCGCCCGUAAAAGAGGACCCAGCAUCACAUUCUUCACCCGACCUCAGGCGUACACGAAGCCAUUGCACCGUCGCGCCAACGCCAGAAUUACGCUCCGAGACCAAAUUUUCUUACCUUCAACCCAUCACACCCACACCCUUCAGCACACCCUACGGUCUCGUCAACCCCUACCCUCCCGAUCCAUCAACAUACCUCAUCCCCGGGUCCCUGAUCGAAGGAGUUCAACGGCGGACAAAAUGGGGCCAGAGAGAUAGACGAACGAAGCGGGCUUCUGCCACCUUCCAACGUACCACGGACCAUUGCGGUCUUGUCUUCGCACCACUGGACGUGCCUCAUGUUCGCCAUCUGACUGGCAUGAGCUCUCAACGAUAUAACUCAAUCGGCGUGCCCGGCAGCUUUUCUUGGGAGUUGGAAAGGGAUGGGUCUGAGUACCGUUCGUAUGAAAUCACUGCGCAAGUCUCCUCCAUCAACCUUCUUCCCGAGCAAAAUUCCGGCUCCGAAUACGCGCACCAGAACAACGGAGACACUGUUCAAUACCAAGAGCAUGCUAAUGCCGUUCCGUACCGGCAGCAUGCGAGUAUCGGUCCGUACCAGCAGGUAUACUAUGCAACUGCGCUUGAUCGCCUGUCCGAAGGUCUCUCAGAGAAUCUUGCAUCUGGUCUCACAUCAGGGCAUAGCGAUGAUGCCGAGUUCAGUAACGCGCAGGAUAUAGACUCCAGUUCAUUCGGUCGACCUCUUCGGCGCUUCUACUUCCGCACGAUAGUCGGUGUCCUUGGUCCGAUAAUCAUAUUAUCUUAUGUCAUCAUCGUCUGGCGAGUAUACCUUGCCCCACUCCAACCAGACUCGACGGUAGCCUUUGGACCACCGGGUGCCAAGUGGGUGUUCUACAGUUGGUUCGUUGCCGGGGUCAUUGGCCUAAGCUUGAGUCUUUACGGGCUGGCUGGUGCGGAGGCUGGCAUGCUCAUGGAACGGACAUGGAAGGUUGAAGAUGCCAUGCGUCUUAUGUUGCAUGCCGAUAACACCUGGUCUGGUCCCGGUGGCUGGAUGAAAGCCCUAAAAUGGGUUGUGCAAACACGCAGAGUACGCAGCCAGCAGACCAAGCUCCCUUCUCGGUUGUGGUUUGUUCUCGCACUUCCCAGCUUGGUUGUAUUCGUGGCAUGGCCUUUGUCAGGCCUCUGUCUUGAGAUGACUAGUGGGUUUCUUCACGGCAAGCCAGGGCAAGGAGCCAAUGUUACUGGAUUCAUACGUUCGAACUUUAAUGCUAAUCCUGGGGGUCGCAGGCCGUCUAGAGGAUCCUAUAUCGGCGCCCGUGUCCUAGAGCACGGCGCUGUAUACACGUCUGAAGGCUUCGAUCGAUCGCAAAGCGAGUUCCUACAGAAGUUCCCGGUGGUACUCCCAAGUACUGAGGGUGUCCAAGAAAUGUUUCUGGCCGCCCAGGGUGAAACUCCCAUUGAGGGUAACGCCUGGGGUUUGCUGUUGCAUUACGACUGCAGAGUCGUAGACAAAUUAUCCGAUUUCUAUCUUUUGAAAGAUCGCCGGUCCUCAACAAAUGUCUUUGGGUCGAAACGCAUCAUGUUUGGUUUCGCACCCGUGGAAUCUUCCCGAACUGUGGACGAUGACUUUCCCGCCGACGGCCUCACUUCAGAGUCAACUCCCACUCCGUCUCUAGUACCGAGCACUGAUCUAAACUCAACCUACCAAGAAUGUGUUGCAUUUGAUUACACUAAACAAGUCAAAUAUGCCACGUACCGUCUUCAAGACAAUACUACAAUUGUUGAGGUCGCCAAAGAGCCACGGAGCGGCCGAGCAGAUGGGGCUAUUGGAGACAACCUCAAGUGGUCAUUAAACAUGGAUGCAGUCAUAGAGACUGCAUAUCAAUCCUGGCAACCACAAACAGCGUCGGAAAACGAGCCGCCUUGCGGCUGGCUCAAUGAAGCAAAGAACCCGUCAACGUCCUACUGUUACCACGAUCUACAAGAGAACGCGUCGGAACCGUACCCGGGCAUCGACAAAAAGAGGGUUUUUGAAGUUCUACUAUGGCAGAGACUUGAGUUUCUUCCAGGUGCUCCGUUGGCCCAAACAAUCUUGAACAAUCCCAUCAUUCGUAGUAUCGAGUCACUGUAUGGCGAGUAUGUUGACACUGGCAACCGAAACCUCACAGCCAUCGGUGCAUCCUGUACAUCAAGCAGCAGUGUAGGCUCAGCAAACAUCGAUGGUGUGCGUUCUACCUACUCCAACUUCCAGCGGACCGAUACCCCGAUACCUGUUCGGAAAGAUGACUGCGCGAAACGUUUUGGAGCAGAGACACUUGCGUGUACACUCGCCAUUAACAGAGACGGUUGGUUGAAGUGGCUUUUUGAUUCGAUUGGCCUGCCUGUACCACUCGACACAUCUGCCGAAGGCGAUGAAAGCCAUAUCUAUGGCAAUUUGCGAUUUAACACUCAGCUCGAAUACCUACAAGCCGACCAACUUCGACAGGUACUUCUACAAGCAUACUCCACCUAUGCCAUCAAGCUCAUGUACAACGAAGGUCGAGAGUUCAUAGGCGCCAACAUGACACGCCUCAAAUCACGCGUCCCUGACCUCACCGCUUUUGUCGCUGGCACCGUAAUUGAACCGGGCGUUAUGCCAGCCGCUGUUCCUGUUGCUUUAUUUGGAUUGUGGGCGUUGAUCAGCUCAGGUCUUUGCCUUGUCUAUGGCUUCCGGCGACGAUGGAGCGCGAUUCUGGAUGGGCAUACAGUCUUCAGGCUUGGGGCCGAGUUGCAGCAGACCUACCGGGCGAAGCUUCAGCGGUAUUCUACGAUCGCUGAUAUCGAGGAGUGUGAGGCUUUGCAUGAGAUUCCGGGGUUCGUUGCUGACAUGGAUGCUGAUGACAAUGUGGGUAGGAUUGGGCUUAUGGACGGGAAGCCGGCUAGGAAGGACAAGUUUUAUCGGUAG